AUGGAGGAAUCUGAGCGUUCACUGACGAUGUUACAUCUUCGCAAAACGUUUAGCGAGUAUUGUCGAGGAGUAGCUAUUGGACAGGAGGAUGCUGAUAAAAAGUUAGAUCGUGUUCUACCACUUUUCGGAAAGGUAAUUUUACAAACUCAAAUUUUAAAACAUGGCUAUGAUCAGUUUAUCGAAUUAGAAAAACUGCUUGGAAAAGAAAAAAUUAAAGCAGCGGAGAAUGCAAGAUUUAUGAAAGAUAACGGUAAUAUUGGUGAGAUAAUGCAAAUGUAUCCAAACCCUGAAAGUAUUGUUGGUCAUUUCAAAGAACUUUGUGCAUUUGCUGGACACAUAUCGCGGCAGAUUGUACUUGAGAUUCGUGCACGAGCUGCGAACGAGAAUACUGAAUUGGCAGCUCAGUCAAUAGCUGCAUAUUUUCUUUCAGAGAAGCCAGAGACUCGUGGUUGGAUCCUUCUCAAUUCAGCGCGUUAUGUUGCUUUCACGUACGAUUUCUUUUUUUCAAUAUCUUCUGAGUUUUCUUGGUCAAGUUUACCUGUUAUUGAAUCUAUGUGUAAAGUAUCCUUGCCCUCAACUCUUGUAAAAACUUUAUAUAUAUUUUUUGACCUUUCUCAUUCAUCUGAUGAAAACAGUGAAAUGCUAAAGGACAAAUUACACCCUUUAUUUUUCAGCCUUUUGGAACAUUUAUGCGGGUUCAAAUGUGUUGGUGAAGAAUUGACUUCUAGAGAUGAUCUUUUUUUGUUAUUUGCGGGUUCUUCUUGCGCUUGUUCUCCUUCUAAUGCCAUAUGGAGGAAGUCAGCUGAGCAACUCUUAGUUACGCUUGUUUCUAAAGCUAUUUCACCUUCACUUGUCAAAUAUAUCAGCGAGUUAGAGCUUGCACGAGGAGGAACCUCAAGUUUUUGUCAUAGUGCGAUGUCAUUUGAACUUGUACCUUUGAAGUCUCAGAAAAUAAUGCGCGUAAACUUUCACACAAAAAAGUGUAUUCCGCUGUUUUUAAAUAAUGUUUUCAAAGAGGAGGCUCUUACCUCAGAAGAACGUGUUGAAAUGAUUAUAUGUUUAUUGUGUGUUCUGAAGGAUUCAGCAAAUAUUACCGAGCAGAUCUUGUGCGAUUUUAACCAAGCAAAUGGCUACGCGUUAUUGCGCAACUUUAUUCUUUCUAACCAAGCUAACGAAGAUGGGAUGCGAAAUAUCCUUGUCAUGCUAAUGAGUGUUAUAACAAGCGGAUUUGUUGAAAUCGAACCGCGAGUGCCUCCAGGGCUUAUUGUUUUACCAACAUUUGUCUUGCCAGCUGCCUCUGGAAGCGGUCUUAGUGUUCGUAAUGUUGAAGCAUUCCGAGUUCUUUCUGAAGUCAUAGUUCAAAGUACAAAUGAAAAAGUGUGCGAAACGGCGGUAGAUAUGGUGCACAAUAUUUAUGCUUCCGAUCUCGCUAACUAUUUUAUAGUUGAAAAGGAGUGUGCUCUUUCACAGAUUAUUGAAUCAAUGGGGAAAAGGUCCAGCAGAGUUCAGAAAAAAAUAUUGGAAUUAGUCGAUUACGUAGUUUUUCAUCUCAAUUACGUGCCCUGCAAGGAACUCAUUGCUCUUAGUGUUUUUCUGAAGACUCAGGCAUCUGCGAAUGAAUACCAGUCCUGCAUCAUUGUUUUGCAAUCACUGUUUAGGAUUUUGUCAGCUAAUUCUUUAUUAAAAGAUGCCUUUCGCGAAGUAGGAUUAAUGGAGACGUUUGCAUGGAUCAUUGGCCGAUUUGCUGCUUUUUUUCGAGGUGCGGUUUUAGAAAGAGGCUUGACGGAAACAGAAAAAAAGGUUGCAUUACUCAGUACGGAUUUAACAACCCUGCUUGUUAAUGGCAACAAUGCUAAUGCGAAAAUUUUCCGUGAAAGUGUUGGGCCGAAGCUUCUGUUGGAUAUUAUUUCAUGCGAAACAGACGAUUGGAGAAUGUCUGUUUUUCUGCUUGUAAAACAGCUUCUCAUGCAAGCUCACAGUGAGGAACUUUUAGCAGAUAUACUGCUAGUCUUACAUUCGCCUCCUUUGGAGCUUUCCCUUCAAGAUUUUCUCUUAAAGCUUCUUUUAUGCGCGUUACGUGAAAGUCAUAAAGUAAGGGUUAUGUUCCGGAAAGUCGGCGGUUAUUUGUGCCUGAUGUCGCUUCUUCUGAGCCUUGGUGAACACUUGAGGAAUAGCAUGGUGAAUUCAGAUGGGACUGAAGUGGUUUCCAAUGAAGAAUUGUCCACCUGUGCCAGUUCAGAAACAAUUGAGUCCUUAAGCGAAAAGAAAUUGGGAUUAAUUGAAUCUUUUCAAAUGAUAUUUAAGGUAUUAGCGAUCAGCAUGCGAUAUGAACCUUCAAAUGCGAAGUACUUUGCUCAAGAAAUCAAUUGGAAUAGUGUAAGUAUGGCAUUAAAAGUAUGCGGGGCUUUUAAAGAAAAAGUCCGAUCUAUUGAUGUUGUUGGUUCUGUGUGGUUGAAUGAACCUUCAUCUUUAAAAUUACAAUUUGCUAGUUGUUAUGCUGUCUUCCAAAAGGUUGCCUAUAAUCUUUCUGACUUCAGGUCUUCUCUUGAUCCUCAAAUGCCAAUAUCUAUUUUUUACGCGUGUUGUUUUCUGCGGAUGCUAUACGACGUUGCAGUUGAUAACUAUGAAAAGGCUGAUGGUGAAGUGGUUUGGUGCCGUGAUGACCUCUUUUUCUCUCUUGAUGAUUCCUCAGAAGCAACUAAGAUUGGUGGUGUAAUUGUGCAUCCUGGUGCUCUUCUUGCCUUACUUGACCUUUUACCAGCAAUAAGUACUUCAAGAGAAGAAUGGAAUGCUGGUGCGCAAACUUUCUGUGCAGUUCUGUUAAAGAAUCUUCUUCGGUUAGAAAGAAAUCAACAAGUAAUGUGUCAAACUUCCAUGUCGCAGUCGCUGCUAGAGAUCGGAAAAGACGUGUAUAAAUGUGAAAAGCACUUACUGCUAAGCAGUUUUAAUUAUAUCUUUGAACGUCUAUCAACUCAUUUAAUUACUCCAAGAAAUCUCAGACAUUUUUUGCGACUAGGAAUGCCCUUAUGUUGCCGUGAUUUGGAACCAAAAGAUGAAGAGCAGUCAAUAGGUGAUGAAGAUGGCGGUCCUGUUCCAAUCGCAAGAGUGAAAGCAUUGGUGUCUAUAAUGACUCCACGAGACCAAAGAUCUACCAGAGAGCCUUCCUUCGUGGAAUUUGAUAUGUCAAUGGAAGGGUUUGCCUGCUUGCUUAUUCCAUCACUUGCACCUAUCGGUAGUGAACAUGGAGGCAUAGGUCAUGGCGAGCGGCUAUUCCCACCCCUGAAUGGAAUAAGUCUUAGCACCUGGCUGUUUGUUGAAGAAUUUAGUAAUAAAAGACUUGAUCCUCAUCCUAUCCGUCUUAUCACUGUGUUCAGAGUACCUGCAAAUGCAAAAAGGAGCAGCUGUAACGGCGAGGGAGCUCUUUCAUGUCUCUCUAUUCAGCUCAGUUCAAUCGACCGAUCUCUUUUAAUCUGUACAAAAGAAAUUCCUUCUAUUGGGCCCGAUUUGGAGAAAGAAAAAGGAAUAGGCGAAGAGGAGUUGGUCAGGGUCGCUCUUGCUGAUGUCCUUGUUACAAGACAGUGGUUUCAUAUCGCGGUGGUCCUUACUCGAUCGGUGAUUAAACACAGUCAGGUUGCUGUAUACAUUAAUGGAAGGUUACAGUGUACUCAAAAGAUACAUUACAUUGUGCAAAAUGUUGGUGGGCCUACGGCUCAUCUUGUUCAGUCAAGUGAAACGCAUGGAGUUAUAGGAACCCCCCCAGUAUCUCGUUUUUUAAGCAGGGUACGAUUCAAAAUUGGCAUGCUUACUCUUAUUGAGGAACCACUUUCUCCCGAAGCUGUAUAUAAAAUAUUUCAGCUUCAACCUCAUUACAUUGGGAAUUUCCAGAAUUCAUGCGCUGAUGGUUUUUCAAUAGUUAGUGAAGAUCGCAUUUGCCUUUCUCUAUCAGCUGCGUCAUCUGCGGAGUUAACUAUAUCGCAAGUAGGGUCUAUGUACAGCAAAGCGGAUAGUGCUUUUAUUGCUCCAUAUCUGAAUGUAUCUCCGAGAGAUCAUAGCACGCCACUUCGUGUUCUUUUAAAUAUUUCUUCUCAUGGGCUUGGCUCUGCUCGUUCGUUAGGUGCCGUGGUUAUAGGAUAUCUUGGUAUGAGGACGUUUGUUCCCAGUACAGUGACUCAUAUACUGGAUUCAGUUGGAGGAACAUCAACUUUAUUUGGGUUUAUUGCUAUGUCAACCAACGCACAGGAAUUGUACGCUUCUUUGAAAGCUCUUAUAGCUGCAGUUAAAACGAACAGAGUGAUUGCAAGCCAGUUGGAAGUUUCUCGUUCUUACCAGACUUUGGCAAUGCUUCUGGAAGAGAAAAGCGAGAUGUUGAAUUCGCAUAUUCUGCAUUUGGUUCUUUCACUAGUGGGUACUUUGGAUACUCGACGUGAUACUUCGUUAAUUCCCAACAUUCAAGUUUUUGAGGAUCUUCUUUGUGACUUAGAUGUGUGGAAGAAUGCAAAUUACGAUCUUAAUAGGCUGCUUUACGAACACUUUUACGAACUAAUUACUGAUCAAGGUGGCGAAAACUUAAAUCUUGUUCGCCACAGCCCAUUACCUGCUCGACUCAUAGCACGUUUGUUUGAUACUCCUUCCCUAAUUUUCUAUAUUAAUGAUAUAGUAUUUAAUCUUAUCGCUGCUAUUAUUCAACCUCCUGCUGAUAGUAAUUCACUGCUAAAAUUGGGACAAAUGUUAGCUGCGACAUUACCGGACACUGAUCGCAAUGAAAACCAUUUUCCAAUUUCUAUUCGUGAAAUACAAGAAAAGUUAUCAGAGUAUAGUUCUAAAGAGGAAGUUGAUAGAGAGUUAUAUUUGUUGUACAUCCGAAAUCGUAUUCUCAACAUAGUCAUGAGCGCUUUGAUGAAUUCAAGUCCAUCAAAUAAUGCUCAGUUUUGCGAACACAUUGUACGAGUUUUGGGUUUUGAUUGGCUGCUUGCUUUCUUUUUGCCUGGCGUUCAUUACGGAACAAUUAUCCUUGCCCUUCGUAUCCUACUGUAUUUGCUCCAACAUGAGCACUUAUUAUGCAAGUUCAGAGAAGGGGCAGCCAAUGGAGGCUGGUUGGCUGAUGGUGAUUCUGUUGUCAGAAACCGCUCAGCUGUGGUUCUUGGAUUUUCUGUUGCAACUCAUGGCGGUACUGUUGGGGCUCAUAUCGAUAUAAAUCCAGAGUUGUCAGAGUGCAGUGGAUUUCUCGCAUUAGGACAUUUGUUAUCCCUGCACUAUCAGAAGCCUGAGUGUUAUUUAGCAAUGGUCGCUGUUCUCUUUGGGCAGCCUGUCGCCAACAUGCUGUUUCCAGAUGAUUUCUCCUUAGAAAUUGUUUGGGCAAAAGUUUUUGGUUUGUCGCCGUCAAGCUCUGUCUCAGAGGCCAUCUCCAAUGUUCAGUUUUGUCUGGAUGCCUUAAUACCCUUACUGUCAAUGGUCAAGGCAGCUAUACAUUGUGACUUGAGUGAAGAGUCGCCGAGCUUGAAUUAUGCAUCAGCAGUGAUACAGAUGUUAUCGUUCUUGUACCAAAAUUCAAAAGAUGUUUUUGCUGUUUUUCAUUCAGAUGAAUUCGCUUCUGUGCUCUUUUCGGUCCUCUUGCCACCUGAAACUAAUACCUCAUCGCAGACUGCUGAUAGUGAUAGAUUAAUUACAUCUGGUUCAUUUUUACUUAUACUUUUCAUCAUUGUUCCUGCAAAAUUUAUGCUUUUAUUCAAAUUUUUUUUAGAAAAUUUGUGUUUUCGAAGUAUCCUUGAUCUGUUUAAACGCGCCUUAUGUGAUGGAAUUUCAUUCAAUCACUAUGGUAAACCAGAUUCUUUUCUGGAUGCCCUAAUAGAGGGUGUUCCAGAAUGUGGAGUUGGUCGUCGGAUUUCUUCUUCGAUUUUGACUGAGAUUUUGGUGCUAUGUAUGGACCACAUGAUCGCAACAGAUGUUUUUACUGGUAUAUCGCGAACAGUAGGUGCUAAUAAAUCUGAGGCAGUUCUACAAUCAACCACGUCAAUAGCGGCAAAUUUUUCAUAUUUUGCCUCGCGAAUAGUCGAUUGUUUAUGGAGCGGUGUUUAUGUUGGUGAGCCUACCCGUGUAUUAGACUUUCUAUUCAGAGGGCUUGCUCUUGUAAAGCGGUACGAAAUUCGUGGGUCGUCUGAUGCGUUGAUGUUUUCUUUGGACAGGGCAAUUUUAUACUUACUUAGUAGACCGAUUGAUUCGGUUCAGGUCCAAAUGUCAAUUCUCGAUACAUUGGGAGAAAUUAUCACCAACCGGGCUAUUGUGCUCUCUCCUAUGCAUAAUGAGACAGUAUUUUUUGGUGCUCUCACUCAUCUUCUUUUUAUGUUAUCUGUUACUCCCGAUAUACUUCCUGAACGGCACGAGCUCUUGGAUCAUGGCACGGCGCAGGUAGCUGUUUGUGCAGCACAUGUUUGGCAAGAAGUGUGUUUAACAAAAAAACCACUUCUUGAAUCGAUUUUCAAACGUGGGUUUGUCUGCGAACUUAAUGCCGCUCGUGCUCUCCUUUCUCACGCAGCUAGUUUGCAGUGGCUUUCAUUUGUUGAUUCGCAGAAAAUUACGAAAGUGGCAAGCGGGAUUCAGCGCUUGACUAGUCGAAAAGGUCUUGCUUCUUCAAAUCUUUUAUUUAGCGCUUCUGAAUGGAAGAAGUCUAAUAUAACAGUUGAGAUAGUACAGAUGUGGAUUCGGGUUCAUACUUCUCUAAUUCGCGAGCUUCUAAAUGUGCAAUGUGCCCGAUAUCAUGAAUGGCAUGCUCAUGCACGUAAAUGGUGCCUACAGGAAUGGCAUCUUGCUGAACUGGAGCUGACAAGAGAACGAGGCCUUUGGGGUCCUCAGCAUCCUUCAGUGCUUGACAAAUUUGCCCUUGAUACUACGGAAAGCCCCUGCCGAGUGCGUCGUAAAUUAAUCCCGAACCCUUCCUUCUACCACCAGUAUCCUUACAGACCAUACUUAGACCUACCUGAGGCUAAAUCGAUGCGAGCCAAAGUUGCAAUAUCCAGUGAUAGUAAGUUAUACUACGAAACGCUUAAAAAUCGCAGGAAAAGGGCUUUGGAUCCACGUAUAAUUGAUAAUUCUAUGAUGGUGAAUAGCCCAUCGGAAGAACGCUCAGAGCUUUUGUUUGCUGACAUGCAAGAGCUUAACACGUCAAUGAUUAGGCGUGUUUCGAUUAGGCAUGAGGAAAGUAGAAAAGAGGAUAACAAAAAUGAAGAAAACGGUUUAAACGAAAGAGAUGAAGCUGAUGCUGAGGAAGAUGCUUUCGGGGAGAAUGGGACUUCUCAAGAUUCUGAAAAGGAUGAGAAUGAAUCAGUCGACAAAGACCUUGAGGGACACAACCUUGAAGUUUCAAAGCCGCUGCGGGAGGAUCCAGAUCACCACCGGAAAAGAGGACCAGACAACCAAACAUUGUUACGGCUACUUGAACAGGGCGAACAGCUUCAUUCUAUGUUCCGAUGCGCUCGAAUACAAGGACUGGACACUAGCGAGGGUUUGCUUCUUUUUGGAAGGGAACAUUAUUAUGUAGUUGAUGGAUUUACGCUCUUGAAGACGAGAGAAAUUCGAGAUUUAGAUUUCCUACCGCAAGAGUUACACGAUCCAAUUGUACCUUACAUGGCUUGCGGGACAAAUCGGCCAGCUAGACGAACUCGUCUGUGUAGCAAGUUCUCUUAUGACGAUAUUAGAGAGGUUCAUAAAAGGCGAUAUCUUUUACAGCCAAUUGCCGUAGAAGUGUUUUCAGCUGAUGGAAGAAAUUAUUUGCUUGCAUUCCCGAAAAGAAUGCGUGAUCGCGUGUACCAAAAGUUUAUAUCGAUGGCUAAAGCGUUAAAGGAUGGAGGAAGUGAAUCAGUUAGUGGACAGCGAGCGUCUGUACCUGUUGAACAGUCUGGACGAGUUUCUCUUUUAAAUUCAUUCAUUGGUCAACAAUCAGUUACACAAAGAUGGCUUAGAGGGGAGCUCAGCAACUUCCAGUAUUUGAUGCACUUGAAUACUCUUGCUGGCCGAUCGUAUAACGACCUAUCGCAGUAUCCUAUAUUUCCUUGGAUAAUCCGUGAUUAUACUUCCGAAGUGCUUGAUCUUACUAACCCGCAAACCUUCCGAGAUCUUAGCCGCCCUAUGGGCGCUCAAAGUCCUGAAAGGUUGGCUCAGUUUAUGAAACGUUAUCGCGAAUGGGACGAUCCGACUGGAGAGACUCCGCCAUAUAUGUAUGGAACUCAUUAUAGCAGUGCAAUGAUUGUUGUUUCUUAUUUAGUUCGGUUGGAACCCUUUACUCAACAGUUUCUGAAGUUACAGGGUGGGCAUUUUGAUCUGGCCGAUAGAAUGUUUCAUAGCGUUGGUGACGCCUGGAUCAGUGCGAGUAGGAAUAACAUGGCUGAUGUCAAAGAGCUUAUUCCUGAAUUCUUUUCUUUACCGGAAAUGUUUCUCAACUCAAACCAUUUUGACUUAGGUGUCAAACAAAACAAUGUCGUGCUAGACGACGUUGUGCUUCCCCCGUGGGCAAAAGGUGACGCCAGAGAGUUCAUUAGAUUGCACCGUGAGGCCUUGGAAUGCGACUAUGUGUCAGCAAAUCUUCAUAACUGGAUCGAUUUAAUUUUCGGUUACAAACAAAGUGGAGAUGCAGCAGUUGAUGCAUAUAAUGUCUACCAUCAUUUGAACGCUACUAUUGGAUUUAUUAACAAUUUUGGCCAAAUACCAACUCAGCUGUUCAAAAAACCACAUCCUCAAAAGAAAGUUGCUCAAAUUGAUCCUUAUUUGGGCACUCCUGGUGUAACUUCACAGCGUUUAUUCUUUCACACUAUUGGAUCUCUCAAAGUUCCUCAACAGCCAGUUAAAGAACUGAAGUCUGCUGUUGGAACAUUGAUUCCGUUGGAGAAAGGAGGUUUCUUGGCGUUGGAAAUUAAUAGGAUUUACUUACCGAACAACCACUAUAUUGCAUGGGAUUUUCCUGACAAAAGUCUGAAGAUUGGACUCUUGGACAGCGAGAAAUCUGUAUGCUUACACGAAAUGGGUGAUUAUCCAGAUGUCACUUGUUGCGCUUGUGCGGAUUCUAAGACUCUUUUCACUGGAUUUGUAACUGGCGCUGUUUCUGUCUGGAGUGUUUGUAACCGCCCUAGAAAACUAAGGUUCAGACGUACGUUAAGUGGCCACUCCUCAGCUAUAACCGCCAUUUGUGCUUGUGCAGCUCACACUAUAUUGGUUACCGCCAGUCGCGAUGCCACUGCUAUAGUCUGGCAUCUUAGCGCUCUGACUUUUAUACGCCAGUUGUGCCCUCAUCCGGGUCCAGUUACUGCUCUUGCCGUCAACGACGCUACGGGUGAUAUAGCUACUUCUUCCUCCUCUAUGUUAUUUGUUUGGUCUAUAAAUGGACAGUUACUGUCAGUUGUUAAUGCGGUUGACUCUACUUUUGAUCCAAAGUCCAAUGUCGUACUCGCCAUUGCUUUUUCUGUGGUAAAUGAAUGGGAUGAUAAAAAUGUUGUGAUAUGUGGCGGUAGUAAUGGUGUGGUCCGCUUUUAUUCACUAGAACUUCUUCGUUCAUCUGAUGAAAAAAAUAAUUCUACGGAUAAAUCAGCAUUGUACGUUACUCUUGCAAAUAACUUGCAGUUGAUACCGCCACGUCAGAUGAGUACUGCUGCCGUUUUGCAACAGAGGUUAGAGAGGCAGAGGUUAAGGUUACGCAUGAAUUCAGCGACUAGUUCAAUUGAUACCAGUCAAGCGAGUUCUCCAGAAGUACCUGGCAGUCCCGUUACUCAUGAAAAUGAUGACAUUUUUACUGGAUUGCGAGACAAACCUUGUUCCCCUGAUCCUACAAAAAAAGACACUCCCGUGAAGUGGCAACGUUUCUUAGUAGCAAGGGCUUCACUUUCCACUCAUACGGCUUUCAACAGGAAAGAUAAUCUGCGACCUGCGCCAAUAACUGCCAUUGCUCCUGCCAAGGAUCACAAAUCGCUGUAUAUUGGUGAUGGGGUUGGUCGUGUUUGGCACUGGCAAAUGGGUGACGAAUCAGGAGCACGUGCAGAUCAUUGGGUUCAAGAUCCAAGUCGCAAUUCUUGCUCUUCUUGCCAGCAGACUUUUUCACUGGCAGACAGACGCCAUCAUUGUCGGAAUUGUGGUAAUAUUUUUUGCAACAGAUGUAGUCGUUUUGAAUCAGAUAUCAAGCACAUGAAAAUCACAAAACCAGUUCGAGUUUGUCAGAACUGUUACUUGAGAUUGAAAUCUCAAAAUACUGUGUAG